CGGCCGCUCCGCCGAGCCCAGCGGCGCCGGGGCCGGGCCGGGCCGGGCAGCGCAGCACGGUGCCGUCGGGAGGUGCCGGGGGCCCCCCAGCUCGGGUACCACAGCAGGGCCGAGCAGCAUCUUCUCCUGCAUCCCUGAGCACGUGACGUGCCGGGCUCCCGGCCAUCAGCGGGGGAGAGGCCAUGCACGGGCCUGGGCACCGCUGACCUCUGAGCUCUGACCUCCCCACGGCUUCGGGAUCCGUUCUGCAGGGAGUAGAGCUCAUCCCGACCCGCUCAGCCUGUCCUGCCUGGCUGCAGAGCCGCCGCCGCUCGCACCUCUGGAGAUGCUUCAUGGACUGUCGACAAACAGCACGUGUGGGCCCUUCGCAGCAUGAAACACGCAGCGGUGUCACCACUGGAUAAGCUCUCCGAAGUCCUGGCGUGGUUUUUAAGCAAGGCCAGGCUGCCUGCUGUGAUUUUGGGGCCUUGCUCCCUCUCCUAGGUGGUGCCAGCAGCUCGUGGAUCCCAAGAGCCAUCCCCUGGGAUGUUCUGCCUUGAGCUCCAAGCAGCAGCCAUCGACCUGGACCCAGCCAGCGGGGUUCAUUUCGGAGCUGUUGGGAAGGAGCUCCUGUUUGUGGAGCUCUCCUCGGGCAGAUGAGUGACACGGUGAUGAACGGGAGGGUGCCCCUGCCCGAGAAAGCCUUGUCCGAGGGCUAUGCCCGGCUGAGGUACAGGGACACCUCCCUGCUCAUCUGGCAGCAGCAGCAGCAGAAACUGGAGUCAGCUCCCCCCAACACCUACCUGAGCCGCAGCAGGAGCAUGUGGUACUCGCAGUACGGCAAUGAAGCCAUCCUGGUGCGGGACAAAAACAAGCUGGAUGUCUCCAGGGACACGGGGCAGUCCAAGUUUUGUGCUAUUAUGUAAUUUCCCAUAGGAACCCACAUGUGGAGAGGAAGCAUCGAGCUGGGGGAGGUGGGCGUGCACCAUCCUCUCACAGCCCUGCGGAGGAAGCAGCGUUUCCAGGAGAGGCCGGGAAGGCUGAAGUUUGAUUGUUUCUGUUUGAGUUUGCUGUUUAUAGACUCACAUUCUGCAUGUCACUGAGUGUGUACAACAACCCCAGUCUCGCUGGGGAGCUCCCAAGCCUGUUGCUGCCCGGCAUCUUGGCAGGGGCUGUGCUGGGCCAUGUGUUGCUUGUAAGUGGCUUGUGUGCCCUGAGAAACACCCGCUGGCACUUGGGCACCAUCCCCAGCCACCCUUACUGGCCAGUCCUGGUGCUUUUCCAGAGCUCUGGGAAUGCUGGUGGGACAGAGGCGAGCACAGAUCCGUUCCCAUCGAGGCUGUGGUCUUAGGAAGUUCAUCUCUAAACCCACCUGGCCAUUACUUGUUCUGUUUGCUCUGUCUCCCUUUGGUCUCUUCCAGCCCAGGAAUGGAGUGGUUUAUUGUGGGAAUAGGGAGAGAAUGUGUUCAGGAUUUAAUCAGAGCCUUCCAAACACCUGGUAGGAGAGGUGUGCUGGAGUUUCAUGCAAAGCAAAGGGCCCUCUCUGAUCCCACAGUGUGGGAUCGUGGAAAUAACAGGAGUUCUGGAGUCAGGGGAGCUGACUCCUUUCAUGCAGAUCCCUGGCCCAGCUUCAGGAACAGAUCCCCCAGGGAACAACCAGAAAGGGAGGGACAGGCCCAGGAAAGCAAGGAAGAAACUCCUGUAAAUACUCACGAUGUCCUAAGGGACAUGAGGAAACUCCUACGCAGCACAGACCCACUCCAGAGGUGGGUUACAGAAGGAGAGAGGCCACUGGAGUUUGCUUUGCACUCAAGUUUUAAUGCAUGCAGUAGCUUGGAGGGGUUUAACUUCUAGUUCAGGUUGGAUUGUAGGUUUGGUGCAUGUAUUUUAAAAGUUGUGUCUGGGAUUGUUUCGAUGAACUGAAGGGUUUUAGGAGGGAGAAGCAUGGCCCUGCUUGGGCACAGAGGCUGCUGCUUUCAGGUUUAAGUUUCUGCUGAAUCCUGACUUGCUCAAGGCAAGAUCACACUGAGAAACUCAGCCCAGCAAGCACCUGAAUUUUGUUAAAAACAAAAUUGCCACUUCCAGGGGUGUGAAUUACAUGCCCAGGGUUCAGCAUGAAAGUUCUUCGUCAGGGUUCUGCCCUUUCUGUCCUGCCUAGGACAUGUGUCCAACCCAGCAGUGCCUGGGCACAGCUUAACUCCAGGCAAAUCAGUAUUUGAUGUCAGCUUCAGGAUGGAUUAUUUACCUGCCUAUUAUCAGGCACAGUCAUUACUUCUAUUUAUCUAAAACCUCCUUUGCAUUUUUCAAGCACUUUAUUUAUUUAUUUUUUGUUUUGUUUUUAAAUACAGUAAAGAAUCUCUUCCACCUCUCCCGUGCAGGUGAAACACUACAACAAACACACAGACACUCAACCUUGCUGAAUCCAUGCACUGAGCAGAACACACCUGUUCUAGAGUGAAAUCGUAGAGGUUUGGUGUACUCAGCCCUGCUCCGUACCCCUGCAAACAGUAGGCAGCUCGUUGUUUUUUAAAAGCACUAUUUCUGCAUGUGUUGGUGUUUGAUACCUUGUGUGUGUGCCCAUAGAUUUAAACCUACUGCUGGACCUCGCUGCUUUGCAGACCCGUGCAUUGCUCUGCACACAAAUAACCCUCUUGGUUUUGUCAGGAGUAGCUCUGGAAGAGAAAUAUUCCAGUGAAUAAAUGUUUUUCAACCGGGUGCAAGCGUUCAAUGAGACUCACAAACCCAGCGAGGCUCGGCGAGGUGCCGGGGGAGCAGUGCCAGGGAUGUGUGACCCACCUGGGCCUCCAGUUCUUGGCUGAGUGAACAGGAGAUUAUUUGCUCAAACAGGCAGGAGGCUGGGCCCAGAGCUCCCCUGGGAACUGCAGGUGGAGUCACCUGGAGAAGCAGGAGAGGUGGGUUCCAGGCCAGCCCUGGGGAGCAUGUGAACUCUGGGAGUUUGAGGAACAGCACAUCCCCCAAACCAGCUGUUCAUUUUCUUUUCUUAUAGAAAAAGAAAUGCAACACUUACUUUCUUUUUCAUUUCAGUGAGGAAGAUGCUUAUUUUGGGUAUAAUCAGUCUCUUUUUGUUAAUGUGGCUGGUAAACCAAAAUCGAGUUAUUUUGCAGAGUGUUAAUUGGACUAUACAAGACUAAACCCGUAAGAAUGUGCAUAAAUUCUUCCAGGAUGGAGGCUGGAUGUGACAGUACAGGAAGAAGAGGAUGAGUUGUCCUUCCAUCUCCAUGAAUGUGACUGUAGUUUUCCAUUUCUGUGUGCCACUGGUCACAGCAGGGUUGGGGAGUGGCUGCUGUGGCCGUUUCUGUGAGCCAGUUGUGUGGUGGUGAUGCACUUGUUUCAAACACUGUUGUAGCCUCUUUGAUAAAGUGCAUUAAAAUGAUUUGAAUGCA